AUGAAGAUCGAGUUUGCGCCGCUCAACAUUCCGCUGGAGCGGCGGCUGCAGACGGCGGCAGUGCUGAAGUGGGUCCUGUCCUUCCUGCUGCUGGCACAGGUGCUCACUGCAAUCCUUGUGAUCCUGAUCAUAUACAACUAUUGGCUCCUUUACGUCCCUUACUUGACAUGGCUUUACUUUGACUGGCACACCCCAGAGCAAGGCGGCAGGCGAUCCCAAUGGGUCAGAAGCUGGACAAUUUGGAGGUACUUUAAGGACUACUUUCCAAUUCAUCUUAUCAAAACUUGGGAUUUGGAUCCAAGUCACAACUACAUAUUUGGGUAUCAUCCUCAUGGAAUACUGGUUGCUGGAGCCUUUGGAAAUUUUUGUACAAACUAUUCGGACUUUGAGGAGCUGUUUCCUGGCUUUACUGCAUAUCUCCAUGUGCUCCCAUUUUGGUUUCGGUGCCCUUUCUUCCGGGAAUAUCUGAUGAGUUCUGGGCCCGUCUCUGUUUCUAAGAAAAGUGUGUCCUACGUGCUGAGCAAAGAGGGAGGUGGAAAUAUUUCAGUCAUUGUCCUUGGGGGUGCAGAGGAGGCACUGGAUGCCCAUCCCGGGAAGUUCACGCUGUUCAUCCGCCAGCGCAAAGGAUUUGUUAAAAUGGCUUUGACCCAUGGCUGUACCGGAGGGAGGAUGCUGGUGAUGUGGACACCCAGCUACGUCCACAUACCUCACAGCUGCGUCGGCCGCCCAAUCCCUGUUCAACAGACUCUGUACCCAACCCCCGAGCAGAUUGAGGAGUUGCAUCAGACCUAUAUGGAGGAACUCAGGAAAUUGUUUGAGGAGCACAAAGGAAAGUAUGGAAUCCCAGAGCACAAAACUCUCCGUUUCAAAUAA